CGGCAGAAGGCUGGCGGGUCCGUGGGAGGCUGGCUGGGGCGGGCCUCCGCGUCACCAUGGCAGCGAGAACGCAGCGGCGACGCUGUAGCUGAACGCGGCCCUGCUCCGAAGGGCUGGGGACCGCGAUGGUGAACCAGAGCGACCGUCGGACCGAUGAUUGAAGAGGUGGCCCUGACCUGGCUCUUCUAGAGAUGGUGAAGAUGGGGACCCAUGUGGUUAUGAGACUCUGUAGCUCCCUGGUGCCAGCAGAGCCCUCUCAGCAACUGCAGGCGUACGUGGCCUGGGUGAACGCGCAGCUGAGGAAGAGCCCAGCGGUGAAGCCCGUGCAGGACCUGCGACAGGACCUUCGGGAUGGGGUGAUCCUAGCUCAUCUCAUCGAGAUUGUCGCAGGAGAAAAGCUGAGUGGGGUACAGCUGAGUCCUAGAAACCAACAGGAGAUGAAGAAUAAUGUGGAGAAGGUGCUACAGUUUGUGGCCUCCAAAAAGAUUCGUAUGCACCAGACUUCAGCUAAAGAUAUUGUGGAAGGAAACCUGAAGUCUAUCAUGCGGCUGGUCCUUGCCUUGGCAGCUCACUUCAAACCCAGCUCUGGCAGGACAGUCAGCCAAGGACGGGACUUAAGAGCCCCUCUGCAGAGUCACCAGCCACACUGUGCCACGGCCGUGGCCCAGGGAGCAGCUGCUGCUCUGGCUGAUGUGUGUCACGACAUGUCACGGUCAGGACGGGACGUCUUUCGAUACAGACAGAGGAACAGCAGCACGGACGAGGAGAUCGAGAACCCAUACUGGAGCGUGCGAGCUCUGGUGCAGCAGUACGAAGGGCAGCAACGGUCCCCGUCGGAGUCCAGCUGCUCCAGCCUGACUUCGCCCAGUCCUAUCCACAGUGCAAAGAGCGAAUCCAUUAUCACCCAGUCGGAGGAGAAGGCAGAGUUUGUGAUUAUUCCCUCCGAAGGAGUAGAGAACAGGACAGGGGAGACAGACUCUCCAUUUUCCCGAGACUGGCGACCAGGUAGCCCCACCACCUGUCUGGAGACCUCAUGGGAAGAACAGCUGUUGGAACAACAAGAACAUUUAGAAAAAGAAAUGGAGGAAGCCAAGAAAAUGAUAUCAGGAUUACAGGCCUUGCUGCUCAGUGGGUCCUUGCCCGAAGAUGAGCAGGACAGGCCCUUGGCCCUCUGUGAACCAGGAGUCAAUCCCGAGGAGCAACUGAUUAUAAUCCAAAGUCGUCUGGAUCAGAGUGUGGAGGAGAAUCAGGACCUAAAGAAGGACUUGCUGAAAUGUAAACAAGAAGCCAGAAACUUACAGGGGAUAAAGGAUGCCUUGCAGCAGAGGUUGACUCAGCAGGACACAUCUGUUCUUCAGCUCAAACAAGAACUACUGCGGGCAAAUAUGGACAAAGACGAGCUGCACAACCAGAAUGUGGAUCUGCAGAGGAAGCUAGAUGAGAGGAACCGGCUCUUGGGAGAAUAUAAAAAGGAGCUGGGGCAGAAGGACCGCCUGCUUCAGCAUCACCAGGCCAAGCUGGAGGAAGCACUCCGGAAACUCUCUGAGGCCAGUUACCAGCAGGUGGAUCUAGAGCGGGAGCUAGAACACAAAGAUGUCCUUUUGGCUCACUGUAUGAAAAGAGAGACAGAUGAGGUGACCAAUUACAACAGUCACAGCUCUCAAAGCAAUGGUUUUCUCCCUCCGGCGGCAGGAAAAGGAGCUGCUUCAAUCACUCCUAGAGGGCCCAGUGGCCAGGAUAUGGUUAAUGACAUGACCCUGCAGCAUGCCAGCAGCACCUCACUCUCGCCCACAGACCAGCGACCUGCAGCUCGUGCGCGAUGCUCUCCGCAGCCUGCGCAACAGCUUCAGCGGCCACGACCCUCAGCACCACACCAUCGACAGCCUGGAGCAGGGCAUCUCCAGCCUCAUGGAGCGCCUGCAUGUCAUGGAGACCCAGAAGAAGCAAGAAAAAAGGCGUUGCCUCACUCACAGAGCUCUCCAACUGUCAGCAGCACCUGCACUAAAGUGCUCUAUUUCACUGACCGGUCACUUACACCCUUCAUGGUCAAUAUACCAAAGAGGUUGGGGGAGGUGACAUUGAAGGAUUUUAAAGCAGCUAUUGACCGAGAAGGGAAUCACCGGUAUCACUUCAAAGCGCUGGAUCCUGAGUUCGGCACUGUUAAAGAGGAGGUUUUCCAUGAUGAUGAUGCCAUCCCUGGAUGGGAAGGGAAAAUUGUAGCCUGGGUAGAAGAAGACCAUGGGGAGAAUUAAUUCUAAGUAUUGGAUUUGGGCUGGUGGAACUUGGCAUGCCCUGGCUGCUUCACUCAGGAACGAGAACUAAAACUAGAAUACCCUACAAAGUUUCUAGUUUGUGCUGCCAAAAUAGAAGCUUCUCCAAGUGUGACAGCCACAGGCCAGUCAUUUCUGUGCCUGAUGUAUGUGGUACUUAAAAUCCCUGUCCAAAUGUAGACCAUGAAUUCAUCUGGAGUUCCUUGUCCGUGGGAACACAGUAUUUUAUUCUACUCUGAGGACAACAAACCGAAGGCCUUAACCAAUAGGAUGGACGAUCUUGCUCCUGUAGGGGCAUGGCUGCUACUAUCUGGAACCUGGGAAUUGGAUGCAUCACUCUGCUGUGUUAUUUCAAUUGGCCUCAGUGGUUGCAGCAAUCAGAGUCCAGCAAUUGUACUCACAGACAAGGCAAAGAUACCAGCUUUUUUGCUUCUUUGCAGCUAUUACAAACCAAGAAUAACUCAUGGGGUGGUACCAAAGAUGAAAGCCACUCGUCAGGAAUCUUUUGGAUUGGACAUGGAUGGUACUGAAUUGUUAGUUGGAUGGGAAAAGGGCUGCCCAUAUUUGUGCUAUACUGUGCUAAAACCAUAAUUAAGUAAGACCUCGGGCUGCCUCUUGUGUCUUAACUGGUUCUGCAACUUGUCCUUUAGCCCACAGGGCAUAGUCCAUGUACUGCUAGUUUUCUCUGGGGACUCUUCAACUUUAGAGCCAUUUUUUUCCCUUCCAACUGAUGAAUUUUAUAUUUGAAAGGAAUAAGGAGUGAAAGUCUCCUUAAAAAUCCAGGCGGGUAUGGAAAGGUGCUGCUACCCAUAUCUUCUUGACUUACUUUCUCUCAUGACUUUCUUUAGCUCAUGGCAUCUCCUUUGCAAUUAAAAGGAGACAGACCAUUAAUUUCAGUAUUUGUGGUUUAUGAAGUAUUGAGCAUGAGUUACUGAUCUGCCCUUCUUUAGUUCAAGGCCAGAGUUAUUUUUUCAUAUAUUUAGUCUAGGCUGAUCCUUUAGGGCACAAUAGAAACCAUGGGGCAUGGAGCAUGAUUUGUAAAUGGCAGGGCUGAUUCUGGGUGAAAAGACCUAGAAUCCUUUCUCAUGUGUAACAUUGUCAAGUGUAAAGUUAAAAUAGUUAAAUUUCUAGAGAUUACUCAAUAACUUGGGUUUUCUCAUUCAUUCAUCAAACACUAUCAACCAGCCAUCAUGAGGGGGGGUGGGUGGAGAGAGAAAUGUUUGCCCUCCAAAAGCAGUCUGCCUGUGACCACCAAUGUACACUGCCAACCAGGAGAGUUGGGCAGGUCAGUUCUGGGUUCCUGACCUGUCUGUCUCUCGUUCAUCUUCCCUUUUCUGCCAUUUCAACAGACUACUCACUCAUUGGAGCUCUAGGAUGACAUUUGGUUGUUUUAUAAAGAUGUGUUUGGAGAAUUCUUUUGUACUCAUUUGCUUUUUUUGUCUGAGAACCAUGUCUAUUUUUAUAAUGAGUGUGAGUUCUGUAUAUUCUCACGUUCUGUAUACUGUGUCCAUUGUCUGGAGAACCCAGUAGCUUUUAUAUGGGCUCUUCUUAGCAGCCCUUGUGGUUUCCGAAUGAGCUUUAUUUUAUUACAAGCAUACUAAUGAUAACUCCUGUUCCAGUUCUACCUGUCAUUGUUGUGGAGGUAGUUUUACAUAAUCUAUUUGAUAGUUCUUCUAGCAGACAGAUCAAAAGACACCUGAUGUCUUCAUGUAUGUUUACUGGGUCUUCUAUUGAAGGAUGAUUUCUCAUCAGAAAUGACUGUCAAAACUUGAGAAAGUCAGUCAUAAGUAAGAAUAAUUCAUUAUGAAAGCACUCUGGUAUAUUUUCAGUUUAUUUUCCCCCCAGAAAGUCUGGAGAAAAAGUCCUAAUGUCACUAAUUUGUCUGUUGCAUGGAUUUUAGUGUUUUGCUAUAAGACAGCAUGAGGGUUAUCAGGCCAAAAUUCAUUACUGUAUUUCCAGUACAAUUUACCUUGAGUGUCUGUCUCUUAAAUCAGUUUGUACUUGUCAGUUUUCUUUCAGCAAACAUUCUUACCAUCAUGUAGAAUUUCCUUUUCAGAGAAAAUUAAAUCAGAUAAAAAUUUCAAAAUUCUCUAGCUUUUUUGUUUUUUAUCUCUAUGUCCUUUGGAAAAGGAGCUGCAUGGCCCUAGUGCCCCCAUAGAAAGCAGAAGUUGAGUUCAGGGGAGAAAAUGAGAUAAUUUUUUCCCUUUAGCUCAUCAAUCUAAUAUACACUAAGCACCUCCGUUACAGGAUGUCACCCCAAUAAUUCUUGUGUAAAAUGAGUUGGUAAUCUUCAUUCCAGUUUCUAGAGAGAGAGAAGCCUUCUGGGGAGGAGUGUGCAUUGAUUCAUGCUGGUGUGAAUAGUCCCUUUUGGAUAUACUGUGGCUGUACUCUAGGAGGUCUCGACUUACUCGAGUCUUGUCCCCUAGCGGCUUUUGUGUGGGGCAGCCCAUCCUGUGACUGCUGAAGUUCUCUUUCUUUGAGAAAUCUAAGGAACUAGAAUGUUUAUAGAGUUCAUAAAAUAAUUUUUAUAUCCUGUUAGAUUUUUAAAAAUGAUCCUCUUAUACAAUCUAGUCUAUUCAAAAACUUAAUUCCUUUAAAAGUUUUCAUUUAAAAACAAAAUAAUGGGCUUAGUCAGUUCCCUAAUUAGCUGAAAGUGGGACACUUUACAAUUUGUACCUAAAUAAUUCAGGUUAAACUCACUUGAAAACAACAACCCUACUUAUUGACCAACUUUUCAGCUCUUUUUGACCAGGAUGGUUGUAAAUUAGGGAAAAUAUCUUAUGCUCUACAUCUAAUCCAAGAGGACUCUAAAUUACUUAAAAGCAUUUAGGUCACAAUAAUUUUCAUUUUUUCCUAUAAAAUAAACAUUAUGAUUGCACACUU